CCUAUGUUGACAUAUGUGGGUCUCGUCAAAGUCACAAGUGUAUACGGAUGUAUAUACAUCAUCGGUACUUGAUCAACGACCCAUAAUAUAGCUGACUGACUCCAUGCCAGGUAUCGCGGACUGAUCACUUGCUCGACGGACGAUAAAAAUUGGCAUGCCUUUCUUUGAUAUAUAUUUCAAUAUUGGAAGCCCGCCUUGUAGGGCGGUGUUGAUUACGGCCAAACUGCUAGGCCUGGGCGAGUGCCUCCGGUUUCAUUACGUGGACCUUCUUGCCAAUGAAUCUCUGAAACCAGAAUUCAAAAAGGCAAAUCCAAUCCAUACCAUACCGUUGCUCUAUGAUGGAAAAUUCAAGAUUUGGGAAAGUCGUGCGAUCAUGGCCUAUCUUUGUGACAAGUACGGCGGGGGCAACAACCCGCUCUACCCACGAGACCCACAAAAGAGGGCACAGGUCGAUAUGGCUCUCUACUUUGAUAUUGAACGACUCGCGCCCAACAUACAUGGAUACGCUCUUAAGCUGAUUAGACAUAUGGAGCUUGCACCUGACGCACUCGAGAAGGUAGAGAUUAGCCUUGAGCAGUUUGAGGGAAUCAUCGGCAACAAGACGUUCGUGGCCGGGGAGAGGGUGACGAUUGCUGAUAUUUCCAUCCGCAUCGUCAUGCACGAACUCGAGCUUGUACAAUACGACUUCAGUAAAUACCCCAACAUCAACGCCUGGAUGAACCGGACAGCUACAGGGAUACCUUUUUAUAAACAAACGCAGAAGAAGUUCCUGGAGUAUGCAAAGAAAGUGGCAGCGGAGAGAGGAAUUGAUAUCAAACUAUAGAGUAAAAUGUACGCUGGUGUUGGCGUGCAUGAUUACGGACAAUUGCCUUCACCAGACCUGUUUGAUGUGGUCAGAAUCUGUCUGGUUUUCAAACAUACGUUUAACCCUUCGCUAGUUCUUCUACCAAAUUUGUCGGAAAAUGUGUUUUUUCUUCUAAAAAUAUCACAAUUUACGGAAAUGUUUAGAAGAUGAUGUAACAGUAUUUACCAAUUUCGGUAUUGCGUCAGCGAAGGUGGCUGGCGACGAUUAUAGAACACCGUGGUUAGAGCGUUAGAACUAGUUACUGUGUACAAUGUAUGAAGCCCGCAGCGUUGUGCAGCGUUGUUCAGCAGCGGCACUCGGAGGCAGCCAAAACCGCUUUUGCUUACAAAACAUUUCAAAAGCAGUCAAAAUACCUCGGUGUGUAGUCUGAGGUACAUGUAUUUUAGAAUAGAACGUUUCAAAAAAGCAACUGAAGAGUAAAUGUAACGCCUAGUAGUAUUGUUUGAAAAUAUUUCUUUGGAAACAUAAUGUAUUAUAAUUGCUUGAUAAAAAAGUCAUUGGAUGAACAUAUCAUCCGCACUUGUUUAUA